CCAACUCAGUAUAUGGUUUGUUGGUCAACGUGUUCACAUCGAUUGGUAUUUUAAACUUAUAAACUAAAAAUGAAGCUGUGGAUUUUCAUCUUAGUUAGCCUGGCUUUAUUAUCCUUGGCUGCGACAAAGAAGGCAAAGAAGGCCAAAAAGAAAGCCGGAAAAUAUGGACCAAGAGUUGCAAACGCCGAACUUUCUGAAAACAGUUUAGCAUCCAACAUCUCUGCAUUAUGGGAGAAGGUGAACAGAAUUGGAACGGUUAGUGGUGGUGGUGUACAGAUCCACGUUCAUGGGAUGGGAGAUGCUGAACCACAUAUGGAUGACCAUGCUGAUGGAACACACAUCCAUUUGCACAUGCAUCUAGAUGAUGACGACGAUGAUGACCAUCACAAACGCCGCCACGAUUACCAUCACAGACGCCACCAAGAUGACCACCAUGACGACCACCAUGGUCACGGAAACGAUACACACGAAUAUGAAUAUGCUGUGUGUCAUGUACACCCCAACACCGCUCUACCAGCAGAUCAACAACAACCUAUAAAUGGAACCAUAUACUUUAGACAAAAGCAUGGCAAACAUUUAGAGGUUAAAGUUCAUUUGAGCGGAUUUGAUAUGUCUGGUGAACACGUUAGCCACAUUCAUGGUCUUCACGUGCAUGAGUUCGGCGAUUUGGGUGAUGGUUGUCAAUCGCUGGGAUCCCACUUUAACCCUGAUGGUAAAGAACAUGGUGGUCCUGAAGGAGAACACAGACAUAGUGGUGAUUAUGGAAAUAUAGAAUGUGAUGAGCAUGGUGAGACUUACAAGACGUUCUAUGAUCACCAUACAGAUCUAGAGGGACACUAUGGUGUUCUUGGAAAGGGAUUAGUGAUCCAUAAAACAGCAGAUGAUUUAUCAGACUCUGGUUCUGCAGGAGAUCGACUUGCAUGCUGUGUUGUUGUAAGUGCAACUAUCGACCACUGGGAUACCAUCCUUGGUGAACACGAGGAACAUGUUAACGAUACGGAUCAUCAUGACCAUCAUGGAGACCAUCACAGAGAUCACGAUGAUGACCAUCACAGAGAUCACGAUGACCAUCACGGAGAUCACGAUGACCAUCACGGAGACGACCACGAUGAUCACAAGGAUCAUAAGCGUAAGGAUAACAAGAAAGAACAUAAAAGAUAUAAAGAACACAAGAAACACAGAAAGUAUCACUAAUAAAAUUGAAACUAACACAGAAUCUUUUUUUAAUGAUAAAGUUAAAAAUU